GACAAACUAAUGAAGAAUGUAUUUCACAGGACCCUCCAGACAUCAAAGACCCAAAAACUUUGGAAAUUUGUGGAAAGCUUGUAAAAUAUCUAAAAUAUAAAUAUGCAAAAGAAAAUGAAGAAAAAUUGAAAGAUCAGCAUUGUAACCUUUUGAGCCUUUGGAUAUAUGAACAGUUGUAUGAAUAUUUUGAACAAAAUCAGGGAAAAGUUAAUAAUGCUUAUACUGAACUUAUGCUUAAAUUAAGCUUUGUUCUUAGAGAUCUCAACAUACCAGACGCCGAUAAUUGCUUGCGUCUGGUAAAUGCACAUUCAUACGAAAUGUGGAAAGAGCGUAAGGAUCUUUAUGAUUAUUGUGUCGAUUAUGAUGAAUUUAAUAAAUUAACUGAUUUUAGUGAUGGAAAAUGCAAAGAAUAUCAAAAAUACAUCAAUCAAAAAUCUUCACUCCAUAAACAAUUUCGCAAAUUAUAUAUUCGAGCAUUUGAGAAUGAUGUUUUUUAUGUAAAAUGUAGCGGUUACAACCCGGAAAACAUGAUACCUAAAUUAAAAUGUGAAAUAGAAAAACUUUUAGCACAACAACAACAAAAUGAAUUUUUGCAUGAUCGUCGUUUAUCAGAUCAUACAGAAUUUUCUU